UUCUGGUAACAUUUCAUGACAUUAUGAAUGAAAUCACCAGCAUUUUUCGUUUUUUUUUCGAAGGAAAACAAAGACAACACAUUUCUCGAUAUUUUUUUUUCUCAACGAUAGAGAAAUUGUGGAAGAUCAAAUUUAAUUAAGUUGAUCAUGGUUGCAAAGAUUAUAGGGGGUUUCAGAUGGAAUGGCAGAUCGUGACCCAUAUAUUGAACAGGCCCUAAUUGCGUUGAAAAAAGGUACUCGGUUAAUCAAGUAUAGCAGAAGGGGAAGGCCUAAGUUUCGUCCAUUCAGACUUUCUCCGGAUGAAACAACUUUGAUCUGGUACUCCCGUAAGCAAGAAAGGAAUUUGAAGUUGGCUGCAGUUUCUAAGAUCAUACCUGGACAGAGAACACCUGUUUUUAAAAGAUAUCGCCGACCUGAAAAGGAGUACUUGUCUUUUUCACUUAUUUAUGAAAACGGUGAAAGAUCCCUUGAUUUGAUCUGCAAAGACAAUCUCGAGGUGGAGAUUUGGCUUGCAGGGUUGAGGCACUUAAUCUUUCCUGCACAAAAGUAUACUAGACGUGCCAAAAGUGAUCUUUCUGAUUUUCAUGACGCUGGUAGUGACGAAGGUCAAAAUGGUCAUCCUUUUGGUCUAGCAUUAGAUUUUACAUCAAGUAUUCCUCGUGGCUCAGUUUCAAUCGAUUCACCUUCUCCAGAAAACACAAAUAGUUUUGUCAGCUCAGAUGUGGUAUUUGGAGGUGCAAACAUGGAAGUAAGAACAAGUUGUGCAGAUAGUUACAGGAUUAGUGUAUCCAACACCCCUAGUUGUUCAACUCAAAGUUCUGGACCUGACGACAUAGAAUCGUUUGGAGAUGUAUAUCUUUGGGGAAAGGUUUGUUGUGACGGGACUUCUAAUGAUGGAUUGGCGAAUGGUUUUCCAUCAAGAAGAGAUGCUCUAACGCCUAAAUUAUUGGAAUCAAAUGUAGUCAUAGAUGUCCAAAAAAUUGCUUGUGGUGUUCGACAUUUUGCUCUAUUAACAAAACAAGGCGACAUUUUUACUUGUGGCGAGGAAUCUGGUGGCAGGCUUGGUCAUGGAGUUGACAGAGACGUAGGUCGGCCUCACCUCAUAGAUUUCCUUUCGGUUACCAAUGUUAACUCUGUCUCGUGUGGUGAGUAUCAUACAUGUGCCGUAUCUUCAUCUGGAGAUUUAUAUACAUGGGGAGAUGGGUCCCACAAUGCUGGUAUUCUUGGUCAUGGAACUGAUGUCAGCCACUGGAUACCAAAACGUGUUUCCGGUCCUUUGGAAGGAAUUCAAGUUUUAUCUGUUGCUUGUGGCAACUGGCAUUCGGCAAUAAUAACAGUUGGAAGAAAGCUAUUUACAUUUGGUGAUGGGACUUAUGGUGCACUCGGACAUGGAGAUCACGAGAGUGUUCAAUUCCCAAAAGAGGUCGCAUCUUUGAGUGAUUUAAAAACUCUUAAGAUUGUAUGUGGUCUAUGGCAUACUGCAGCAAUAGUAGAGUUGAAAAAUCAGAAAACUAAACACGCUACAUCCAAAAAGUUGUUCACAUGGGGCGAUGGCGAUAAAUAUAGGUUGGGUCAUGGAAACAAGCAAACAUGUACUAAACCAACAUGUGUACAAUCUCUCAUUGACCACAAUUUUCAUCAGUUGGGAUGUGGGCAUAGUAUGACCGUAGGCCUAACAACAUCGGGUCAUGUCUUCACUAUGGGUAGUCCUGCACAUGGCCAACUAGGUAAUCCACAAGCCGAUGGAAAAUCGCCUUGCUUGGUACAAGAUAAAUUGGUAGGUGAGUUUGUUGAAGAAAUUGCAUGUGGGGCGUACCAUGUUGCUUGUUUGACAUCAAGAAGUGAAGUAUUUACUUGGGGAAAAGGUGCAAAUGGGAGACUAGGACACGGAGAUAUGGAAGAUCGAAACACCCCAACUUUGGUUGAAUCGUUUCGAGAUAGAAUUGUGAGAAGUUUAUCUUGUGGCGCGAAUUUCACUGCCUGUAUAUGCAUUCAUAAAUGGGCAUCUGGAGUAGAUCAGUCAGUUUGUAAUGGAUGUAGACAAGCAUUUGGUUUUACCAGAAUAAGGCAUAAUUGCUAUAACUGUGGGCUGGUGCACUGUUAUGGUUGUAGUUCCCGAAAGGCUUUGAAAGCAGCACUAGCUCCUACUCCUGAAAAGCCUCAUCGUGUUUGUGAUGCUUGUUAUGUCAAACUUAUGAAAGUUGCUGAAACCGGUAAUAAUAAUGUCUCUAGUUUGAAUAAGGGCAUUAGUACUCAAAUCCCAAUGACGGGUAAAAGGUUAGAUAGGUAUGGGAGGACUUCAAGGCCGUUGAUCUCCCCUAUCACGGAACCAGUCAAGUACCAUGAGGUGAAGUCAGGAAAGUACGGUUCCAAAACAGAUUCUUAUUCUAUGGUUCCAUCAUUUCAGAACUUGAAAGACGUUGCUUUCCCAAGUUCACUCAGUGCUUUUCAAAGUGCUUUGAAACCCGGUACAGUGCCUCCAAGGUGUCCACCACUUCCACCAUAUCAACAGCCUCAAAUACAUGCUUCUCCUUACCCGAUAAGACCUAAUUCUUCAUCGUCUGGUACUCCUAUCUUUUCUCGGGGUCUGAUUGACAGUUUCAAGAAAUCAAAUGAAGUUUUGCACAAAGAAGUGGCCAGAUUGCAAAACCAAGUGAAACAUUUGAAGCAAAAGAGUGAUAAACAAGAUUCAGAUAAUCGGAAACUGCGCAAUGCUACUAAACAAGCUGAGGCAAUAGCUGCAGAAAAAACUGCCAAAUGUGAAGUUGCCGUGGAUGUAUUCAAAUGCAUCAUAUCUCAGCUAAAUGAAUUGACAGAAAAACUACCUCCGGAAAUAUCCGAAGAUGAGAGCUUCAAAGCCUUGGCUGAUAAAGCCAGUGACUACAUCAACACCUAUGGAAGUGAUACAUCUUCAGUUGUUCCUAUCGUGCACUCAGAUAAGCCGGAAGAAAGUUCUUCAUCUGAAGUCAUAAGAAAAAAAUAUCAUAAGAAUGAAGAUGUUGAUGAGGCCAAUAAGCGAACAGAUAAUAUUGCUGAGCCCGAUAAACCAACAGAGGACGUUGAUGAGGACAGUAUGCCCACAGAAUAUAUUGAUGAAGCUGAUAAACCAACAGAGGAUCUUGAGGACUAUAAGCCAACAGAGGAUGUUGAUGAGGCCGGUGAAACACAUCCGAAUGAUGAAAAUGUUGGUAUUGCUCCAGAGGAGAACAACGAACCUUCCUCCAGCAAUACCAUGGAAGCUGCAAGUGAGGAAGACAUAGAAGAUGGAUCACAAAUGCUCAAACAUCCGAAGAGUGAGGAACUGAAAGAAGUAAUUGAACAAUUCGAACCUGGCGUUUAUGUAACACUGCUCCAACUUUCAAAUGGUAUAAAGUUGUUCAAAAGGGUUAGAUUCAGCAAAAGAAAGUUCAAUGCACAUCAAGCAGAAGAAUGGUGGAAGGGGAACAAGGACAAGCUCUUUAAAAGGUAUAGACCAGCAAAACCACAAAGCACUUCAAAUGUACCGUCUGCAGCUGCAUCACCUCUGGCUCAGGAAAACAGUGAAGAUCCACCACCAUCUACUUAGCCCAGUUUUUUGCUUGUAGUAAUGGAAGGGUUUGGAUACUUCUUUGCCAAUGCUAGGUCUCAUAAUAUAUCAAAGGGAUUAACUUUUGGGAUAUGGUACAUCAAGAUCUAUGGAGCUAGGGGGAAAGGCUUUGUAUGUUGCUUCUUAUUGAGCAAUUUGCAAAGAGCCUGCUUUCCAGGACUUGAAAUGGUGACCUUGUCAGGUGCUCGUCUGCUCAAAGCUUUGCAGUUUGUAAAGUUUGGUUUAGUUAGAAGUUCAGUCCUGGACCUAAUGUCUAAACAAGUAAAAGGGGAAUUAUGUGUAUAUUAGAGCGUUGACCUUAUUUCUUAGUUGUACACUAGAAGAAUACAUUUUUUUUCCGAAAACAUUUGUAAAGCUUUGACAGACAAGAUCAUAGGUACACCAUACUGCGUUCAUCAAA